UGACGUCUGCAGGCUACAAGCGCCAUCUGUUUACCUUCUCGACCCUGCCUUAAUCAAAACGUUAAAUAUGGUGACGAAGAGAAUUAGGUCUGAAUACAUGAAGAAAUUUAAAGAUCCGAGAUGGGACACCUACGCGAAAUGUUAUGAGGAUUUGCUGAACUACAGACUGUCAAGGCGGCUGUUGGAGCAAGCGCACAACCCUUGGUUUUGGGGAGAAUGGGGAAGCGAGACAGGCUCCAGUGGCAAAUCUACUCCUCUAAGUCGGAAUAAAGUCGAACCUCUUAGGAUCCACGAUGAGAAACCAAAACAAUCUGCAUGUGUGACACCAGAACCACACGCAGAAGUUCAGGACACUGCAGACACCAAGCUAGUUACCAUAGUUGCUGAGCAGCGUCAUCAAGAAGGGGAGGAAGAGAAUGCCAGAGAACGCGUUCCUGCUCUCAACCCAGAAACUGACACGAAUAUCCUGAAUACACCAAAGAGCAAACGCCGGUCUUCACACAAGCAUACAAGAUCAAAGGUCAAGCCUCAUGUCACCAAAGACCCUGACAAAGAGAACCGUCACCCUUUUGCCCUGUAUGGCUCAGGAGAGAGGCGGACAGAUAUGGCUUCUAAGAAAACCCAUAAUGUUGGACCUGCAACAUCAACCGCAGAGAUCCAUGAGUCAGCGUUGCGAGCAAAAACCAGACGGGAGGUGGAAAAACAGAUGAAGAAAUCUGACCAACAAAGAGCCAGAUCUGCUGACUUCGAAAAGAACGGAAAUAAGAUUGUCCCUGAUUUCAACCCCUGGAUGACAGAGUACAUGCGCUGCUUUUCUGCUCGGUCUCGGUAGUAUUGCUUUCAGAAAUCCUUUAAAAAUGUCUGUGACUGUAUAAACCUCUCAGGCUAAACAACCCAAAACACUCCACGUAAUGACUGGAGCAUCUGUCCAGUUCACUUGCCUUCUUCCAGAUGGGUCACAAGGAAUUAAACUCGAGGGUUUUUAGGGGUUUAUUUACACAAUGGAUAUGUUGCAUUUACUGGUACAUACGUAUCAAACAUGAAAACACAAUCCAUUGAUGCUGCAGGGCAAACUGUCAAACAAUCACAUGCCUUUUUGAUUUUGUAGGUUGCGUAGAUUUACAGGCCAUGAGAUUUACCAGUGUCUCUUUACACUCUCAGCCAAACAAUUACUUGAAAGUGUUCAGUAAUUGUCAGACAAUUAGAGACAUAUAAUGUGAUGUGUUGUAAUGUCGUGUAUUUUCUCCAUUGUUUAUAUUGAUUAACAAUUAGGCUUAAUGUAAAGAAAUCUGUUUUGUAUUUUUCAG